CUCCACCCAACUGGCGAACUCGAAGGAAUGACCACCACGACUAUUUUGGACCAGAUCUUGACGCUCCUCAAUUACAUCCAUCGACGUCUUCGUCUAGUUUUCCUACUGGAAGCAAUGACCGCAACGAGUUUAGAAGGACUGGUAGAACGAUGGGCACUACGAC